ACAUACAAUUUAUAACUUCACUUGAUUAUGGCUCCAAUUUACAUGAACACCAUGACAAAGCACUUUGCUUUGGCUCUUAUUAUUCUCAACCUUCUAGCUCUGUACUCCAUCCCAAGCAGCGGGAACAGCAGUGAAGAGCUCCGCGGCCUUAGACUGAACACCAUCGAUAGCUGCUGGAGAAGGAACCCGCAAUGGCGGCGAAACCGGCCCCAGCUCGCCACCUGCUCGGUUGGUUUUGCUGGAAAGAUGAGCAGUGGCAACGCCGGAAGAGGUCUGAGGAGAUACGUAGUCACAGACCCUAGCGAUGACAACCCUUUGAGUCCAAAACCUGGGACGCUUAGAUAUGGAGCUACCAUGGUAAAGGGCAAAGUUUGGAUCACAUUCCAAAGGGACAUGCGCAUCACUCUCCAAAAACCACUUCUCAUCAGUAGCUCCACCGCCAUUGAUGGCCGAGGCGUGAGCGUUCACGUUGCUGGAAAUGCAUGCUUGGUGGUGCUUCAGGCGAGCAACGUGAUAAUCCAUGGGCUCCAUAUACACCACUGUCGAGCCCAGGGUCCGAGCAGGGUGAUGGGUCCGGAAGGAAAGGUGGUGUCGAUGGGUCAGGCCGAUGGGGAUGCCAUUAGAUUAGUUGGUGCUAGAAAGGUAUGGAUUGACCAUAACACUCUCUACCAGUGCCAAGAUGGUCUCCUUGAUGUGACUCGUGGCUCCACAGAUGUGACCAUCUCGAAUAACUGGUUUAGAGACCAAGACAAGGUCAUGCUUCUUGGUCAUGAUGAUGGGUAUUCGAUGGACAAGAACAUGAAAGUGACUGUCGUUUAUAACCAUUUUGGUCCAAACUGUAAUCAGAGAAUGCCAAGGAUUCGACAUGGUUAUGCACAUGUGGCCAAUAACUUGUUCAGAGGCUGGACUCAAUAUGCCAUUGGAGGAAGCAUGAGCCCUAGUGUGAAGAGUGAAGCAAAUAUCUUUAUUGCACCCAAAUCAGGGAACAAGGAGGUGACUUGGAGAAUGGACACAGUUGGGAACAAGAAUUCAUGGAAGUUUUACUCAGUGGGAGAUGUGUUUGAGAAUGGGGCUACUUUUACAGGAACAGGGUUCAGGGGAGCAAACCCAAACUAUAAUCCUCAACAGAAUUUUAAGGUUGCAAAUGCCAAAUUUGUGAGAUCCUUAACUAGUUCAGCUGGUGUUCUUCGCUGCACUAAAAGAUCUAAAUGUUGA